CCGGGCGCCGGGCCCCCAGUCCUGGGAGCGGGGCGGCCUAUCCCCCACCCUCCUCCGCGUCCCUUUCUCCUCCCGCUCCUCCUCUUUCUCCUCCUCCUCCUCUUUCUCCUCCUCCUCUUUUUCCUCCUCCUCCUCCUCCUCACCUCGACUCGUCUCUGCGCUCCCGCUUCCGAGCCCGCAGCCUUCCCCAGCAGAUGCCGGGGACUCGGACCCCGCACCCUGAGAGUCUUUGUUAAUGGAUGUGGUGGCCCGAGGCACCACGACCCGGAGGAGCAGGUUGAAAAGAUCCGAUGGCAGCACCACUUCGACCAGCUUCAUCCUCAGACAGGGUUCCGCGGAUUCCUACACGAGCAGGCCCUCGGACUCCGAUGUCUCCUUGGAAGAGGACAGGGAAGCGAUCCGGCAGGAGAGAGAGCAGCAGGCGGCCAUCCAGCUGGAGAGAGCAAAGUCCAAGCCUGUAGCCUUUGCUGUGAAGACGAACGUGAGCUACUGUGGCGCCCUGGACGAGGAUGUGCCUGUCCCAAGCACGGCCAUCUCCUUCGAUGCCAAGGACUUUCUGCACAUUAAAGAGAAGUAUAACAAUGACUGGUGGAUAGGAAGGCUGGUGAAGGAGGGCUGUGAGAUUGGCUUCAUCCCAAGUCCACUCAGAUUGGAGAACAUCCGCAUUCAGCAAGAACAAAAAAGAGGACGUUUUCACGGAGGGAAGUCCAGUGGAAAUUCUUCUUCAAGUCUUGGAGAAAUGGUAUCAGGGACAUUUCGAGCAACACCCACAUCAGCAGCCAAACAGAAGCAAAAAGUGACGGAGCACAUUCCUCCCUACGAUGUUGUGCCAUCCAUGCGCCCGGUGGUGUUAGUGGGGCCGUCACUGAAGGGUUAUGAGGUAACAGACAUGAUGCAGAAAGCCCUCUUUGAUUUCCUGAAGCACAGGUUUGAUGGGAGGAUAUCAAUAACGAGAGUGACAGCUGACAUUUCUCUUGCUAAGAGGUCUGUCCUAAAUAAUCCCAGCAAGAGAGCAAUAAUUGAACGUUCGAACACUCGGUCCAGCCUAGCGGAAGUACAAAGUGAAAUUGAAAGAAUCUUUGAGUUGGCAAGAUCUUUGCAACUGGUUGUUCUUGAUGCAGACACCAUCAAUCACCCAGCACAACUUAUAAAGACGUCUUUAGCACCAAUUAUUGUUCAUGUAAAAGUCUCAUCUCCAAAGGUUUUACAGAGGUUGAUUAAAUCUAGAGGAAAGUCCCAAAGUAAACACUUAAAUGUGCAACUGGUGGCAGCUGAUAAACUUGCACAGUGCCCUCCAGAAAUGUUUGAUGUUAUACUGGAUGAAAACCAGCUGGAGGAUGCGUGCGAACACCUGGGCGAGUACCUGGAGGCAUACUGGCGCGCUACCCACACAACCAGUAGCACCCCUAUGACCCCGCUGCUUGGAAGGAAUUUGGGCUCCACAGCUCUCUCACCAUAUCCCACAGCAAUUUCUGGGUUACAGAGUCAGCGCGUGAGGCACAGCAACCAUUCCACAGAGAACUCUCCAAUUGAAAGACGAAGUCUAAUGACCUCUGAUGAAAAUUAUCACAACGAAAGGGCUCGGAAGAGCAGGAACCGCUUGUCUUCCAGUUCCCAGCAUAGCCGAGAUCAUUACCCUCUUGUGGAAGAAGAUUACCCUGACUCAUACCAGGACAGUUACAAACCCCACAGGAACCGAGGAUCACCGGGGGGCUAUAGCCAUGACUCCCGACAUAGGCUUUGAGUCUGCAAGAAGCAAACAAACAAACAAAAAUUCAUCUGUUGACAAUUUGCCAUAGCACUGCUAGGAUAAACCAGUCAUCUUAACUUGGCAAGUACAGCACAGUAUUUACUGUGUUUAUGGGCUGCUGUCAUUUGAUGCUAAAUAAGGGGCAAAAAAAAAAAAGAAAAGAAAAAAAAGUACAUCAUGCCCUUAAGUCUAGAUGGAUAUUAGAUGCCCAAUCAUAUAGAUAUUUUUAAGUGCAACAUUUACAUAACAGUACCUUUGUUUUCUUCAUUAGAUUUAGACACAUCAAUUUGUAAGUUAGGGUACUUAUCAAGGCACAUAUAAAAUAA